ACUCCCCUCUUCCCCGGUGAGAAUGAAGUGGAUCAACUGAGCUGUAUCAUGGAGGUGCUCGGCGUGCCACCGGCCAAUCUGCUCCACAACUCGCCUCGAGCGCGGCAUUUCUUCACCUCAACCGGCCAGCCCCGUUACCUGCUCGACCAGUCGUCCACGGCCACCGGACCACUGGACCUCAUGCUCGACGCACCCAACUCGGUGCAUCGUUCCGGAGGACCCAGUGUCGGUGGUGCCGGCCGACUGCAUCGUUCGCAGACUCAGGUCAAGCCACGCUCUCGGCCUCCCGGCAACAAACGUGGCAGUCCUGGCAGCCUGGAUCUGGUUGCUGCCCUCACCUCACCUGUACACUCUUCACUGCAUGGCGCCCGACUGGCGUCGAAGGGCAGUGUUGAUGAGAUGGCGGAGGCCAACGGCAGUCUUGACUUUGAACCGAACGCCAAGUUGCCAGGAUCAUCGUCGUCUGCCGCCAUUCUCGAUCCCGAUCUGAUUGACUUUAUACGCGCCUGUCUUCACUGGCAACCGGAGCUGCGAAUGACUCCGGCCGAGGCGUUUCAUCAUCCCUGGAUCCGUAAGCGGCAUCUGCCUCCGCUUCCCGGGCCAAUACUGGGCCAGCGCAUGAAUGGUGACAGCCAGGGGACGAGUAUCUAUUCGGAUUCGCCACAAUCACCAGGCCAGUCACCUUUCACCCUGUAA